AUGCCUGGAGUUUUAGGCUGCAUUGACUGUACACAUGUGGCAAUGGUCCGUCCUUCACAAAAUGAAGAGAGAUAUUACUGCAGAAAACAAUAUCAUUCUUUAAAUGUGCAAUUGAUAUGCAAUGCAGACAUGGAUAUUAUCAGUGUGGAUGCAAGCUAUGGAGGAGCUUCUCAUGAUGCUUUUAUAUGGUCUAAUCACCCUUUGAAGGCACACAUGGAAGACCUCAGCACAAAUGAGGCAAUAUGGCUUCUUGGUGACUCUGGGUAUCCCUUAAGAAGAUACUUAAUGACACCCAUUGUUGAUGCUCCCCCAAACACCCCCGAAGGAUACUACACUGACAUGCAUGUGAGAACACGUAAUGUAAUUGAGCGCACAAUUGGACUAAUGAAAGCACGUUUCAGAUGUCUACUAGUGCACAGAGUGUUACAUUAUGAGCCUCACAUGGCAGCUUCUAUUGUAAAUGCAUGUGUGAUAUUGCACAACAUAUGCAAUAAGGCUAAUGUCAGUGUAGAAGAGCUGCAGCCAGAGGAAGCUUUGCGGGAAUAUGAAUUGCAACAGUUGACUACUCCUCGCCAGGAUUCUGCAGUAAAUUCUAGGGCCGCACAAAAUCCAGAGCUUCGAGAGGGGAUUACGGUUAGAAAUAACCUUAUCGAUCGCCUCUGGAGAAGUCGGAGUGCAACCUGA